UGCCCUCGCUCAUCAUUCGACCUCCGCGCAUCGCAGUCUAGGCACCAACGCCCUGCACUGUUAACGCGACCGGGAGCACGACUCUCGUACCGACUCGACGAACAGGAUAAGUUAAGCGAGCACAAUGCCUUUCAAACCUGCAGACAACCCGAAAUGCCCGAAGUGCGGCAAGUCCGUGUACGCGGCGGAGGAGCGCGUCGCGGGAGGACUUAAGUGGCACAAGAUGUGCUUCAAGUGCGGACUGUGCCAAAAAUUGCUGGACUCCACCAACUGCUCAGAACACGAAGGCGAACUUUACUGCAAAGUGUGUCAUGCGCGCAAGUUCGGACCUAAGGGAUACGGCUUCGGCGGCGGCGCCGGAUGCCUUUCCAUGGACACCGGCGACCACCUGAAAGGAGAGAACGCGGGCGUAAGGACCAAUGGAGCCUGUUUAGAACCGCGCGUAAUUGCGAAGGCUCCGCCUGGUGAAGGCUGCCCGCGCUGCGGCGGCUUCGUCUACGCCGCCGAGCAAAUGUUAGCUCGUGGACGGGCGUGGCACAAGGAGUGCUUCAAAUGCGGCGACUGUCUGAAACGACUGGACUCCACUAACUGUUGCGAGGGGCCAGACAAAGACAUUUACUGCAAAGUAUGUUACGCGAAGAAGUUUGGUCCUAAGGGAUAUGGUUAUGGAAAGGGGGCUGGUGUCCUCCAGAGCGAUCCUUACGCUAAUGGGGACCAAGCUCCUAAAACAACGGUAAUCGAUACUGCGGCUAUCAAGGCGCCACCCGGCAAGGGUUGUCCGCGAUGCGGCGGUGUUGUUUACGCUGCAGAGCAGGUCUUGGCCAAGGGCCGCGAGUGGCAUCGCAAGUGCUUCAAAUGUCGCGAUUGCACAAAGACCCUCGACUCUAUUAUCGCCUGUGACGGCCCAGACUCUGACGUAUACUGCAAGACCUGCUACGGCAAGAAGUGGGGACCCCACGGUUACGGAUUCGCUUGCGGAUCGGGAUUCUUACAAACUGAUGGUUUAACCGAGGAUGAGAUUUCUCAAAACCGUCCAUACUACAAUCCAGACACCACCAGCAUCAAAGCUCCUAAAGGUCAAGGCUGUCCCAGAUGUGGUGGUAUGGUGUUUGCUGCAGAACAACAACUUGCUAAGGGAACAAUGUGGCACAAGAAAUGUUUCAACUGUGCGGAAUGCCACCGUCCAUUAGACUCCAUGCUGGCAUGUGAUGGACCUGACAAAGAGAUCCACUGCCGUUCUUGCUACGCCAAGCUGUUUGGACCAAGAGGCUUCGGCUAUGGUCAUGCACCAACUCUUGUGUCCACAGACUCUGAACCCACAGUUACAUACACUGAACAACUGCCAUUCACUGGAGCCAAGGCAGCUAAGGGCAAAGGUUGCCCACGUUGUGGUUUCCCUGUCUACGCUGCAGAACAAAUGCACUCCAAGAAUGGAUCAUGGCACAGAAGGUGUUUCUCCUGCGCAGACUGCCACAAGUCUCUUGAUUCUACAAACUUGAACGACGGACCAAAUGGUGAAAUUUACUGCCGCAGCUGUUACGGCCGCAACUUUGGACCUAAGGGAGUUGGAUUCGGAAUGGGCGCCGGCACAUUAACCAUGGCUUAAAAGACAAUACAAUUGGAAUUAAUAAAACUACACAUGCAAUUUUGCAUGGUAAUAUCUCUGUCAUAAAAUACCUAGAUCAUACUAUACAUUAAACUGGUUUUAAUUAUGGUUGAUCUCUAAUGAGACUAGAAGUAAAAUGGAUAGUUUUAAGUUGAAAUAUUUUAUGAUAGAAUAGUAUAAAUUAAAGGUUACAUUCCUUUCUCAAUAGGUACAAAACUGCGAUGAAUGUGUCUGGGCCCUUAGUUUAUAAAUUCAUCAUAAAAUAUAUAGAUUAAGGCACAUAGACUUAAUAGAUAUGUUAAAUGUAUGUAAGGAUUUAAAAACAAUAAAAUAAUAAAAAAAAAUAUUUAAAAACAAAAAUAUGGCAUUGUGAUUACCUACCUUCUAUAAUUAUCACACUGU